UCCGUCCUCCAUCUCUUUCUGAAACGAUGCACCAGACCUCAUUCUCCGUCCAAAAACCCUCAAAUCUCACAGACCCCGUUUCCCUCCCCCAAUGGUGGUGGCGCUGCUCCCCUGGCUUUUCCCUGAUGCCGCUUUUCCCGUUCCUGUUCAGAUUUCUGGCGAAAUUAAUUCUUUUCUUUUCUUCUCCAUGGGGUUCUUGGUUUGCCUCGACCCCUGGCCUGGCGCGCUGCAGCUCGGGCCCAGCCGUGGUUUGCAGGACGAGUGGGGAGAGGAAGCAGACCACACUCCGCGGGGACCCCUCGGUUUCGGACAGGUGUCCGACGGCCGAGAAAGUAAGGGUCUUGGCGAUGGAGAAAGAUGGGGUCUGGGAGACUGAUCUGAGUUUUGGCCAGUUCGGUGAUGACUAAGAUGAGACGGCCGGCUGGGGUCGUGGGGUGUGGAGCCGACGAUCACGCCAGAUCGCGGGGUUGUAUUCUUGGCGACGAUGUAAGAGAAAGACCGGAAGCGAGUUCAAUCCGAGAAUG